UGAUCGUUUUCUUUCUUUUGGCAUCGCACACCACCGCCUCACAAGACUCGUCCGUGAGAUCUCCAUGGUCUUGUGGAUAAAGACACAACCAGCAGCGCGAACCCAGUAGGACGGCCGUCUGAGUGCCGCCUAGCAGCGACCCCCGGCAAGCUCUCCAUGAUUGGUUCCCAAUUCUCGUCAUGGCAGGGGACGAUCAGAGCGAUCCCUUCCUCUGGGAUGAGGAUCGGGUGGUACAGGAACUGUGCACCUCCAAGCGAACCUGGGUAGCGCCUCCGGCGGGGAAACUGCCAAAUCCCGCGGCACUGGAAGCAAGGCUUCGUGAACAUGGAGUUGAUGGCGAAUCGCUACUGACGUACCUGGACGAGUUCGAGCCCAAGCAGAUGUGGGAUUACCUGGGCGUCAAGGUGUUUUCCCAUCAGCAAUCCCUCAAGAGGGCGAUCAUCCAGUUCCGACGACGCAGUCCAAGGUACCGGGAAUGGAAAGCCCAGCAACAACUGGCUGAUGAUCGGCUGUGCGACGAGGAAGAUGACCGUUCGGCAACCAAGCCCCCUCUAUGCCAGGCCGCUAGCUCUGAGAGGGCUGUUCAGGCCGCCGCGGUUUCUGGGGGAGCCCCGCCGGCCGACGUUCAUGCUGGAGCCAGGCCUCCUACGCCGGGAUUAAUACCCCCUAACCAAGGCGUUCUUUCUCCAGCGCUCUCGCCAUCAGCAGCCCCCGAUGCACCCGCAUCUUCCGACGUACCGGUCAGCCUAACCCGUGAUCAGGAGCCUCGGGACGAGCCACCCAGCAAGAAGAGAAGGAUAGCCCCUACGACAAUCUCCGCCGAACCCACUGGCAACAAAAACCUCGCUGUCAUACCAACUGAAGGCGACAUGUUUCUGAGGGAAGCAGCAGAGAGUUUACUGCACGCAGAUGAUUCUUCUGGUUUCCUCGGAAUGGGCAUUCUGCUGGUCGACCAGCUCACCGACCCGCAAGCCCUUAGCCCGACAGAUGUCGCCGAAUAUCACUUUUCGUGGGUGAAGAGACAAAUUCCUCCGGGGCGCCGCAUCCAAGUGUCGGCCGCCAUGAAGCGGUUCUUGCGGUCGAACCAUGCCGAUCGCCUCAGACACAAUCGCGACGGUGACGAGGAAACAACGCUGCCUCCGUUCGGAGAAUCUGAGGAUGAGAGUGAGGACUCCGAGACCUGGCGCGAGUAUCAAAAAGAGGAAGAGGAGCGCUUGGCAUUGGAAGCCCGGAAGGCGGCUGCCAAGGAAAAACUGCUCGGGAAAGACGAACUGACUGAAGUGGUCGAGAAUGUCAUACAAGAGCUGGAGUCCCGAUGGCUUGCCGAGAAGAAGCCGAAGUGCGAUCGCAAGGCCUGGAGGAUAUGGCAGGAUGCCCGUCGGAACCCCGACCGGCUGGCUCGGAUCGAAUCUGAAAAGAGGCACCUAGCCCAGCUCGAGAGUCGGAUUGCCCGCUUCGCGAAACAAAUCGUCGACCAGCAGUGGACCGCCGAAAACGACGUCCAUCGGAAGGCCUCCGAUUACCUAGAGAUGAGCGUCUUUGACAAGAAGUACCAGGCCUGGCUUAUCGAUGUCCUUCAGAGUCCACGCCAGCCGCCCAAGCCGUCAACGCUCCCUCGAGUCACUCCGAAGCGGGUGAAACCACCGGUCCUCAGCGAGGACGAUGAAGAGGUAUUGACAAGCGAUUCUGACGACAUGGAUGCGUUCAUCGAAUACGACGACAACCCCAUUUCGGCCUUGAAUGACGACAUGGAGCUCGACUCGGUACCGCCUCCAGAGCGGACCACAGUCCGAAAGAGCCGCGCUGCUGAUGAUUCCACCAUCUCUGGCGCCGAAGCGGCCAUCAGCCCCCCCGCAGCGCCAGAAACACCCUCUGGCGAGCAAGCAGGCCAUGAUAUUCCCCCGGCGCAGCCCACGCCCAGGCGGAUAAAGGCCGAGCAAGCACUCUUGCCGGUGACUCCCGCCCGGAAUGGCCCUUCGGCUCCUGAGGUCAUCGAGAUCGACUCUUCUCCAUCCCCAGUCAAAUUGCUCGAAGUUCCAGGGUUUGACGACCUUGCGAGUCUUGAGAAAAUUGGGCAAAUCGGCACUGAAUAUUGGGAAAAGGUCGGGGAUGCAGAGCGGCUUGUGGUGGCGAUACUCUGCGGGUGGCCGCGCCCAAAGCUAGAAAAGCUCCAUACCGUGGUCAAGCGAUGCAGCCACCCAGAAACGUGGGUUAAAUUCAUUGGGCCGACCCUCGAGAGUCCCAAGGCAUUUACCCCUGGGACGGUUGGGUUUCUUUUCUGCCGGUUGUUUGACGCCUUCGUGAGCAAGAGCGCCAAACGGAUCAACGUGCCGGUUCUAAACCCCAUAACAUGUCAGCGGAUAGACCGGGAGGGGGCCAAGUUUGCCGCCUUCUAUGCAUAUCUCGGGACCAUUCUUCCGCUCUUUUUGCACACUACCCCAGAAACGCCAACUCGAACCAUGUCCAAGGCAACAGCAAUUCCCGAGGGAGACGCUGAUACUUCCGACGGAUCUGCAUCGGAUGACAUGCCCGUACCGUCGACUAAGAAGCGGCGGCGGCGCAAACGGCGCGACCAGAAUGCAGAAAACCUCCGGAACAGGAACCUCAAGCUCAACGAAGAGCUUGCACGACGCAGCCGUCAGUUCCACGAGAGAAUGGCCGAACAAGGGUCGGUCCCUGGCGACAAAUCCCGGCUUAUUGUCAACGUCACAAAAGAGUCCGAUGAACAGGGGCUCAUCUACAUCAAUGACCACAUCGGGCGGAGCAUCAAAGACCACCAAAUCCAGGGGGUUAGAUUCAUGUGGAACCAGGUUGUUGUCGACUCCAGUGUGCGCCAGGGUUGCUUGCUGGCGCACUCCAUGGGUCUCGGCAAGACCAUGCAAGUGAUCACAUUGCUGGUUGUCAUUGCUGAAUCGUCCUCCUCGCCAGACGAGUCUGUUCGCUCGCAGAUCCCGGAAAGCCUACGGCAAUCCCAGACGCUCAUCCUAUGUCCAGCGAGUCUGGUGGACAACUGGGUCGAGGAGAUCUCGAUCUGGGCGCCUGGGGGCGUGCUAGGUCCGGUGCACAAGAUGGAUGCCUCCCUCUCCUCAGAGGGCCGGACUCUCACGCUCCAGCAUUGGGCGUCCGCUGGUGGGGUGCUGAUCAUCGGGUACACGAUGUUCACUACCCUUAUCCGCAGCGACGAAGAGACGGCCAAAUUACUGCUGGAGACUCCUAACCUUGUAAUCGGCGACGAAGCCCAUUACAUGAAGAAUCCCGAGUCCCAGAGACACCAAGCCACCGCUAACUUCAAGACCAUGUCCCGAAUCGCCAUGACGGGCUCGCCCCUGACAAACAACGUCAUGGACUACUAUGCCAUGAUCAAUUGGGUCGCGCCCAACUAUCUGGCUGACAUUGCAGAGUUCAGGGAGCGGUUUUCUAACCCAAUCAAAGAAGGCUUGUAUGCUGACAGCGAGCCGCACCAAAAGAGAAAAGCCCGCAGGAUGCUGCACGUCCUGAAAGCGACCGUGGAUCCCAAGGUGCACCGGAGAGACAUUCAGGUCCUUUAUGACGAGCUACCGAGAAAGAAGGAGUUCAUCAUUACCCUGCCCUUGACGAAGCUCCAGAUGCGCUUGUACCAGACGUACAUCGAGUGGGUGACGAACUUGAGCGGCGAGGCGAUCACCGGCCAAGCGAGAGCCUGGAGCUUAGUCGCCAAGCUCGGGCUUGUCCUGGCCCACCCCGCCAUCUUCAAGACGGUAGCGGAGGCCCAGAAGGCGAAGACAGGCGGGAGCAAGGCUCAGCUUUCAAAAGCGGCGAAGGCGGCGAAGGCAGAAGAGGGCGAUGAGGGCGAGACCGGAGUUGAAAUGCCCCAGGACGUCCUGUUCCGGCUGCUUGGCGACGUGGCAGUGCGCGAGAUCGAAGACUACGCCCUUUCCAACAAGAUCCUCGUCCUUUUGCGCAUCUUGGAGGAAUGCAAGAAAGUGGGCGACAAGGUUUUGGUUUUCUCCCAGAGCAUCCCUACGCUGGACUAUGUCGAAAACAUCUUCCAGAGACAGAGGGUGGUAUACCAGAGGCUCGACGGAAAUACCCCCGUGACGGUUCGGCAAGACUCGGUCAAGAAGUUCAAUACGAAUGCGGCAUCCCAGGUCUACCUGAUCUCGACCAGGGCUGGAGGCGUCGGGCUCAACAUACACGGGGCCAACCGGGUUGUCAUCUUCGAUUUCAAGUACACGCCGGCGGACGAGCAGCAGGCGAUCGGCAGGGCUUACCGGCUGGGGCAAACCAAGCCCGUCUAUGUUUACUGGCUGACGAUUGGCGGCACGUUCGAGGACACAAUCCAUAACAACGCGAUCUUCAAGACCCAGCUGGCGUCCAGGGUGGUGGAUAAGAAGAACCCGGAUCCAUGGUCCAAACGACUCGCCGAGUACUUCGCGAUGCCCAGAAUCCCGGACCAGGAGGACUUGUCCGGCGCCUUUGGUCAAGAUCAAGUCUUGGAUGCUCUCCUCAAGAGCGAGGAUAUCGGGAAACUUAUCCGGAAGAUCACUUCAACCGAGACCUUCGAGAAGGAGGAGACGUACGAGCUCACACCCGAGGAAAAACGAGAAGCGGACAGGGACAUCGAGUUGGAACGGCUCCGGUCUCAAAACCCGGAGGAGUACAGGCGCCGGGAGAGAGAGAGAGCGUGGCAAUCAAGGACUGCGCUCGGAAUGCCGCCGCCGCCUUCUUCCAGCUCAUAUCAGCCACCCCCCAUCGAUGUCAGCGCUAGGACCCCGGUCCCGCAUCAUACCACGACUUCCACCCCCGCGUUGCCAGCGCUCGCCCAGCCUCUACCCAGUCCAGCCAACGCGACCGUGGCGCAGCCCGUCACGGCGCCAGACCAAAGCGGGUCGAAUAACACCCUGAUUCAGAGCCCGAGGGCCGCGGGGCCGCAACCCAUCCUUGGCGCAGGUUCACAUUUCAAAGCUGCACAGGAACCGUCGUCUUCGGCAUCUCCAAGCGGCGCGCCGACGUUAGGCAGCGCGACCACCCUGUCACCAAUAACAGCCGGUGCCCCGGUUCUCGAGUUCCCGAAUCUGGCGAGUGUUCAUAGGCGGUUGUGCCAAGAAGGACGUCACGUACGGUGCCAUCCUCAGGAGCUAAUCAGCCGGGUGAAUGGAGUGUUGGCGCGAAACAAAACAGAGCAUCUCCCCUGGAUGGACAAGAUGCAGAACCUGGAAAAAUGCACGCGCAAUCCGAGGUUCGCCGAGGCGAUGCUCGCCGGGUACCUAGAACCUGCGCAGCUCGCGUCCCUGACGAGGAUGGAGAUGGAUGGCAUCACGACGUCACUCAACAGCAUGACCGAAGCCGAGUUCAAGCAGCGAGUUUGGACAACCAAGGCCGAUCUGAGUAUUUCGACGAAAACGAGAAAGGGAAGGGGAAACGCGGUGGGGUCGGCUGAUGUGAAUGGGUCACCACGGGAGAGGGGCCAUCGCGGGGUCCUGCGGUUUAUCACGUCUCCGGAACCAGAGGAGUCGCAGCCUGUUACGCCGCAGGACCGCGGGGGCGACGCGAGACCGGGCGAUUCAGCCGACACACCGCAAAUUAUUGAUCUGACUUAGAUGGGAGCAUUUCCGAUUCCACUUUUUUUGCCCGCUUCGAAAUACCCUGUGGUUGUUUUUUUCCCGGGCGGCGUUUUGGCGGGGAGGUACAUAUGCUGCAUCGAGGCAGGGUUGAAACCUGGGAGGGCACAGGGACGUGGGAGCGAGAAGGAGGGGAGUCUAUACAGGCUUGAGAACAAGUGGCAUCUGCGAGAUUUUCUUCAGGGUUUCUUUACGAUGGGG